UUGUGGUACGUGUCGCCCCAUCUGCUGCCCUUCAAAUAAUUCCUAGGCCAUGAAUCACGGAACAUGCCCGGAGGGGAUGGAGUGCGCAUGCUGCUUCGAUGACAUCGAGGGUGGCACCGAUGGAAACUAUGUGGAGUACAGGACUGGCGAAGGCAAGGAAUGGCGCCCAUCGUUCUUUUGCAAGAUGUGCAUCGGGGUUCUCAUCAAGAGUCAGUGGUCCAUCUACGAGGACACGUUGGCCAAGGCUACGUGCAAGGCGCAGCAGAAGCGAAUGCUAGGGGAGGGGCCUCCAACGCACGUACACGACAAAACAGCUCUCAAGUGUGAAGAGGGCGAGAGCGUGCACUCGUUGUGGUUUGUUGGAGACGAGGGCGGCGAGCCCAAGAUUCAAUCUGCGCUGUUAGAAGGGGCUCCGCAGGGUGAAGCCCGACAGAUCUGGUGGGACGAGAAGCUAGCGUUUCAGUUCGACGAGGACGACGACGAAGACGAGGCGGGGGGAAACACCACCGCUGCGACGACCGUGGCUGCUUCGACACCACCCCCGGUGCCGGGUGCGCCAUCUCCUGCCCCCGUUCCUCCCGCACCCGCUACUGAUUCCCCUGCUGCUGCUUCGGCUACCAGCAACACUGCGCAAGCAGGAGAUGGUGCAGAAACCGCGGCGGCGAGCCCACAAGCAGCGCGGGCGGCAACAGCAACAACACCGGUUGCUGCUGGCGCAGAGGUGACCGAGGCAGAUGCGGCUCCCUCGAAGAUGGACGUCGAGGGAGAGAAAGGGGUCUCGCCGCCUGCCGCGCCAGUGACCGCCUCUGCACCUGCGAUUCCAUUAGGCUAAGAAUAGGGAACAGUAGUAUUAGUCAUUCCCACUGACUGGUCCGGCUGCUCGAUGCAUGUCGCUCCGAGUGAUUGGCGGGAUCUCUGUCGGGAACCCCAAUAGCAGGGUGCGCAAAGGUUAUUUGCAGCUGGGAUGAUUCCACCUGUAAGUUGUUUUCUGUGGUUUCGGAGGAGUCUGCGGGAUGAACGUGGGCCACCCCGCUUGUGCUUGGGAUGGAUGGGGGCUUGAUGACUUCUGGAGGCUGAUGUUGCGUCCGUGCGGUGGGUCAAGCAAGCUGACACAUUACUGGUGUUUUGUUGUUUCGGUGUUGUUUCCUGAUGCAUGACUGGAAUGAUUGGAAGGUCGCUUGUUGUGUCACAGCUUUCAAUUUUACUCGCGUCCUUGGUGUGUUUGCAUGUGUCGUUCUUGCGCAUCCCGUCCGCAGCACGGCGUUUAGUACUCGGACUAUACUUUGUACCGUUCAGUGGGAAAAUCAUAAUAUAGGAAGGCCGAUGCGGUCGCGACU